UUACUAAUUAUUUAUUUUUAUAUUCUGCCUUUACUAGCUGCUCGGGCGAUUCUCAAUAUCAAUUAUACGGUAUUAAUACACAGUAUUAAUAUAUACUCCCACCGUCUCGAUAGACUAUUUUUUUUAAUGUUCCUUAACUUUCCCUCCUAUAAAGUUCACAACCACGGAUUAUUAAUUACUAAUUAUAUUCUAUAUAAUAUUAAUAAGCUAAUAUAA